CCGCCCCUUCUCUGUAAUUUCGGCGCACCAAAGUUCGUUUGGACGUGUGGAUUCACCAUCUUCUCGUCUUUUUGGGGAACUUUCGCUUCCUGUUGCCUGUUUCCGCACACUUGUCACUGCAGACAGUUUCACACGCAGUCAGUCAGUCCGUGUGUGGGUCCGAAGUCUCCAACAAACACCUCAGUCAGAAGCGCUUCUGUCCGCACAGAAGUUAAACUUUCUCCGCUUGUCUGCGAUCAAAACUGCGCAUCAUCAUGUCGCUGCCGCAGCAGUUACGAGACGAGAGUGACUUCGAUCAGCUGCCUCACAACAUCCCUAUCAGCGCUACGAUUGCUGAUAUCGAGGAGAAGAAAGGCUUCAUUGACUACUUUAUGUUUGUGGUUGAGGUGAAAACUAAAGGAGGGAGCAAGUAUUUCAUCUACAGGAGGUACAGAGAGUUUUUCAACCUCCACCAGAUCCUCGAGUCCAGAUACUCUCCUGAAAACCCAGAGAGACCUGGUCCCAACACCUGCAAACUGCCUACUCUGCCAGGAAAAGUCUUCAUCGGCAACAAGAGGGAGAUUGCAGAGAGCAGAAUCCCUGAACUCAACACGUACAUGAAGAGGUUGCUGGGUCUGCCAACAUGGUUGUUGCUCGACGAGGCUCUCAGGAUGUUUUUCUACCAGACGGACCUGGACAGCCAGCACCAACCACGAGCCCUCAGGCGUCUCCGCCCACCUACCCGCAAAGUGAAGACCGUCAAACCGAAGAUGGACCUCUUCUCCUCCCCCAGGGCGGAGGUGAUAUUUGACUUUCGCGGCAACGGCAAGGCAGAGUUGAACCUGAAGAAGGGAGAGGUGAUCUUCCUGCUGCAACGAGUCAACGCAGACUGGCUGGAGGGCACGGUGAACAAUCAGACAGGUAUUUUCCCACAAUCCUUUGUGAAGAUCAUUAAGCCCCUCCCAGACAGUGACCUAGAAGGUGACAGUGGAGGCCCCGCCUACAGCUGCCUGCACUGCUUCCUGCUCACCCCCUCUGGAGUCCAAACCAGAGACGUGUGUGUUCAAGAGGACCUCACUAUCCAGCCGACGCACAAGGACCUGCUGUCUCGCAUGAGGAACGUCUUCAAGGUGGAUGACAUCGCCUUGAACUACCGCGACCCCGAGGGCGACCUCAUCCGUAUCCUUGACGACGAGGAUGUCCAGCAGAUGAUCAGGGAGGGCAGAGGUCAGCAGGGAAAGGACAAGAGACCUGUCAAUCAGUUUCCAUGGGAACUGUAUGUGACCUUGGCCUCUGACCUUUCUGUUUACAACGCUGAGGCCUGAGAGAGUGGAAGUCAAGAAAAGUGGAUAUUUAGUAUUCAUAUGUCAGAUCAAUGAAUAUUGCUUCUGAUAUUACCAGUAUAUGGUUUUCUUUUCCACUCAUUCACAGCCUCAUUAAUGUUACAAAUGUCACUUCUUAACUAUUGAUACAUUUCACUUUGUAAUAAACUAAUUUAAUUACAUUUCACAUUUUGCAUACUUUCUGUUUUUCUUGUUGGAAGUUGUUGCAGUACACGGCUUGGUAUACUCAGGUGCUUCGGCGUAGGGCAAAGAAAACCUUAAGGUGCAGAUCAUCUCACACAUUUGCAGAUCUCAGACAUACCAGGGGUGUAGCAAAAGUCAAGCGUAAAAUAACAGCAAAAGCAGGAGGAGCUGAGGUGAGGUGAAACUGAAAAACUGAGGAGCUCAUUUCAGCUCUUUCUCAAUGGAUCCAUAAAUUAUUUUCCAUUUAAUCUAAAGCAACCCACCAGCGCCUUCUCUUUUUUAGGUUAAAGCUAAACUGCUGUGGUUUAAAAGCACAGUACGUUAUUUCUGCUGCUCGGGGGAACAAAUUUCUACGCACACUUUGAAGAUUUGCAUGAGAAAAAGCAAAAAGCGCAUUAACGCUUUUUAAGCUCACUUGAGGUGAUUUUAGUCUUCAAAAAAUAGUUAAUGUGCUAAAUGGGAGAUGGAAACACUUUUUCUGAAUAAAUUCUGAUGUAGCAAACUCACAUGACUGAUCAGCUGUUUCCGCUCUGACAUGAAAGAACACGUCAGUUAAUUCCUGAUAUUUCUCUCAUUGGUGGGCAA